AUUAAAACCCCUGUAUUACAGGGGUCCCAACGCGUCGCUGGACACGGUAACGGACUGGUGCCUAUGGGUCCCGUCUCUCAACAUUCAACACAUUAUCGGUUUUGAGAUCUCCUGCUUCAUUCCGACGCUGUUUCUCGGUCUAUCUUUCUUACCAACCUCUUCAAUGGAGUGCGAAUCGCGCAAGGUGGUUGGAAUCUUUUCUCACCAUUGGAAGCUCUCAGCACGGCGGCCUGACCCUCCGAGAUCACGCUUACCGACAGGAUCGAAGCCGUACGCUCUCGAGCCUUAGAAGAUGGCUGGAGACCCAUCGCUGUCGACCGAAGCCCUGUUUGACGAGGAGCGCAAAGAGUGGAUUGAACUGCUCGAAGGGUCAACCAGUUCGUCUCCGAAACCUCCCACAAUGAUGCGGCGCGCGCUUGCAGAGAUGUCAGUCAACAGCAAGAUUGGCACAUCGAGCACUCUGCUUCCACUAUGCAGCUCUGGGCCAACGACAGAUUGGGAGAGAGAAUAUUCGAAGCUGCGGGUGCAUUUUGCAGCUCUCGAACAACGACUCCUGGAUGUAGGGCGCAGGGCGAGGGAGUUUCGCGAGUCGCGAGAAGGAUGGAUUAAAUACGCCCGGUCGCUCGAGGCAAAGAUUAAGAUUCUAGAGAAGAAGGUUCAGCGCAAUCAGAGUACGGAUGGCCGGCCCGUUUCUUCGAGCAGUGCGAAGCCACAACCCGCUCCAGCCGGCGAGGGUGGUACACUUUCUGACACCAACGCUCGUUGGUCGGACCCCCUCUCUGGACGAGAACCGGAGGCCCGUCUCAAGGGAGGCAGUCGCCCCUCCAAACCUUUGAUGGGCAGUGAUGCGGCAUGCAUGCCAGCAACGCCCGUGACGGAGGAUGGAGCACGGUUGGCCGAUGAGGAGACUCAGGACGGGAGUGACGAAGCGGUUCAGCUGCCGACCAUACCUGCGGAGAUGGUACAAAAACCCGAGAUUACCAUCAAAAAGGAACCUUCAUCGGAUCCCCCGGUCGUUGUCUCCGAAAGACCCGUGCGCAAACGGAAGCACGGGGGUGACAAUGCAGGCACACCAGUCCGGCUUCGCAGAAUCAAGAGCGAGCACAGCUCCAGUUCAGAUCCUGUCAUCACCGCAGAGGUGCCCGUUUUUUGCCCCCACGAGAGUAUAGAUUUAGAUGAAGAGGAGCAAGGGAUUCCGACGCCGAGGAAGCUGCGAGAUUGGGAACGACGUCUCCUUCGUGAAGAGAGGGAGGAGCAGAAAGACGAGGAUGCCUCGUUCGGUCGGCAUCUUGGCGAGACACGCUCGGCUAAAGAACGAGAACCAGCCCAAGGUCCGGAUGCCCUCCCGGCCGCACCCUGUGUAUCCCCCAACAAAUCGCCAAAGACACGAAAGGACCGCGUUCCACACAUCAGACCGGGCUGGACAAGAUAUUCGGGAAUCGCUGAUGUCGCUGAGGAAACAUUCGAAUCGUUCUACUCUCCCGAGCCGCCGCGACCCGGAAUGAGACCGCCGCGUCAAACAGCGGCGCAGGGACGCCUGCACUCACUGUUGCACGAAGGCUCACCAAAUAAGGCCGGUGCUAUUCUGCCCCCGGCCCGCCUGAGACGUGCUAAGGUGAAAGUCCGCUGUAGCCAAGAGGAUACCGAGAAUAUUGCACCGGGUGAGGAGGGCGAGCAGGAUCACGAGGGUUUCAUGAAGCAGUCUCGAACCGCAGAAUCCUCCACGGAAUCCCCUCUGCGAAGGAAGCCACAAGGCAAAGACAGUCUUCCGAGGCCGAGUCGACUGCGAGAUCGGCCACUGGCGGAAUUGCGGCCCGAGGAUUUCAAGGUCAACCCCAGGUCCAACAACGGGUAUAAGUAUGCGUUCGACGAGGUUGUGCGCAAUAGGGAGGAGCGGGCGGAGCUUGCGGGCUGCACCGACCCCAAUUGCUGCGGCAAGAAAUUUCGGGCGAUGGCGGAGUCGGAACUUAGCGCUGCUGGACCGGGCAUUCUCUCGCGCGUGUCCGACAUCAAGUUGAUGGAGAAUUACCUAGGUCACGAUGCAUACCGGCUCGUCGAGAUGCCGCUCGAGGAGCGGCAGGAGAUCUGGCUCAAGGCCAAAACACAAGACUUGGCAGAUCGGUAUGGAAGACACAGACACAGAUUUGCGAGGAGACCCUCGCCGCCCGGAUACUGGAAUCCCGACUUCCCCAGCACACAGGAGAUCAGAGCAAGCAAAGAAGAAGCUCAGCGGCUUGAGAGGGAAGUUGUGGAAGAGAGAUGGCGAGAAGCAAUGCGGGGAGGGAAGUGGUUAUUUAGGGACGAGUGAAGUUGCAAUUCAAGUAGGCGGAUUGCGCGAGCGACCGGCUUCCGUCGGAUACCGGAAAGAGUACCCAAC